AUGGAUGACGAUUCGAACGCCAUAUUACGUCGUCGCUCGUCUCUGCGUCAGCAGCGUCGUCUCUCUCUACAGCAUGAAAACAAUUCCUGGCUGCGCCUCCCUCUGGGGUAUACCAUCUACGCUGGUCUAUCGACGUUAGUCGAGGACGGAACGGUGACAAUUGCAAUCGCCAUUCGCGAUACCACCUAUCUCUUAGACUUCAUUCAAGAAUCGCUCUCCCUAAAAGAUGGCCAGUCGUUAUGCCCCGUGCUGGAGAAAUUCGUGAUAAACCAAUUGCAAGAAUGGAGUGACGUCCAUAUGGAGAAAUUCAUUGGUCUAGCAAUGCCAGAGCGCAUCGCGAAAAAAUGCCCCAGCCUGUGCUCAAGGCUCUGGGCUGAGCUUGAUAUCAUACCUCUAGUACUCCCCGAAGGAAGUAGAAGGGAGGGUGAUGAUAAGUUCACUUUUGGCAUCCCUGACAGCAAGACCUGGAAGGUUAGAGGCAUUGACGAACAGGCCGAAUCAAUGGGCCGCAAAUGUGUUCGUUUGUUUGGCCCAGAGAAUAUUCCUCUGCUUCAGGUCGGCUUCCUUGGUAUAGUAGAGGUCGACACGGCAUUCCAUGUGCGCUUGACCAACCUGGAGGACUUUGAGAAAACGGUUUAUCCUAAGACCUGGAAGGCAAUUCAACAUUAUGCGAAUGACCUCAAGGAAAGAGAAACGAAAAUUGCCUUUUUCAGUGCCACCCCUCAAGGUGGAGUCGGGCGUCAACUGACCCUGUGGUCUAGGUACGUGCCCAAACCACGGCCGGGCGUCUUCCGUGUAACCAAAAACAACCACAACAUUUUGCAGGGUGUCGCUUCCCCUGAGGAGAGGUUGAGCGAGGAGGACUGGGCACAGGUGACGGAGUGGGUCAAUGAAAAUGCGAAGAGAUACUGGUUGAUCCCCGGAGGCCCUCUGCAACACCCCAAAGACGGGGGUGCCGACGUGGUCAUCAUUGAUGACCCGCAGAUGCCCGCGUUAAUUCCCAUUGCGAAGCAAAUCGCUCCGGACCGACCGGUUAUCUUUCGCAGUCACAUCCAACUUCGCAGUGACUUGAUUGACGAACCGGGGACUCCGCAGGCAGAAGCUUGGGGGCGAAUCUGGGAAUACAUAAAACUUGCAGAUAUCUACAUUAGUCACCCCGUGAAGUCCUUCGUGCCUAAAAACGUGCCCCGAGAGAAGGUGGGAUACAUGCCUGCGUCGACGGACUGGUUGGACGGUCUGAACAAGAACAUGCGAGAAUGGGAUAUUGCCUACUAUGGCCGGGUUUUUAACUCCUUUUGCAGAAACUCGGGCAUGCCCACGAUUGACUACCCUGAAGAUGAAUAUAUCGCUCAGAUUGCACGCUUUGACCCGUCGAAGGGCAUUCCAGAGGUUGUAGAAUCGUACGUGAAAUUCCAUCGGCGGUUCACCGCUGCGUUUCCCGACAGACGGGCCCCCAAGCUGCUGAUAUGCGGCCACGGCUCUGUUGAUGAUCCAGACGGUACGGUGAUCUACGAUGCAGUAGUCACCCACAUCGAGGAAAACCUCCCGGAUCUCGCCGAGCAGAUUUGCGUUGUGCGACUGGGUCCGUCAGAUCAGCUGCUAAAUGCCCUUCUCUCCAAGGCUAAGGUGGCUCUACAAUUGUCUACACAGGAAGGAUUCGAAGUGAAAGUGUCCGAAGCCAUUCACAAAGGAACACCAGUCAUCGCAACCAGGGCUGGUGGCAUCCCUCUUCAAGUGGCUGACAAACAGAAUGGCUUCCUCGUGGAGGUGGGGGACACCGACGCCGUGGCCCAGCAUUUGUUGGACCUCUGUACGGACGAUGAGCUGUACGAACGCAUGCACAGGUUCGCACUCAACAAUGUAUGCGACGAAGUGAGCACCGUCGGCAAUUCACUGAAUUGGCUUUACAUGGCUUCAAAGCUGUCCAAGUCCGAAGAGAUUAAGCCGAACGGGCGAUGGAUCAACGACAUGGCUCGCGCCGAGGCGGGCCAAGAGUACACCAGCAAUGAAAGCAGAUUGGUGCGGGAGCUUUGCCCCCAGAAUGGUGUGAACGGGCACUAA